AAAAAUCUCCACGAGCGCACACCGCAGACUUUCCCAUCUAGAAAAGAACACGCGACAAUUUUUCCCCGUUUAUAAAAUUACUUGCGUUGCAAAAAGUGGGCUCUAUUUCAUCAUUCCCUGAGUGGAACAUAAAGGAAAUCUAGUGCACCGAAAGACAAGGGUAGGAGGAAACGAUGAUAAUCUACACGAACGCCGGAAAUCCGUUCGGAUUGAAGCUGCUGAUCUGUGCCAAAUUUGCCAAGAAGGAGGUGCAAGUCAAAACAGUUUCUUUAAAUGAUGCCGAGCUGAAGGACAUGAAGCAUCUGCCAAUUUUGCAAUUGGAAAGUGGAGUGCAGUUGUUUUCCACGGAUGUAGCCGUCAAGUAUUUGCUGCAGGGUGAAACGCCCGUCAUCCAGCGAGACGAAUGGCUGGAAUGGUCUACGACUCGGUUGGCUUCGGCGUUGACCCACAAUAUGGCCGUAGGAAAUCGGCAGGAACCAAACGCGAAACAGAUCCUGAACUCGCUGGUCAAGUUCCUGGACGAUUCCUUGACUAAGAAAACUUUCCUCACUGGGGAAAAACUAACGUCCGCGGAUAUUUCCGUGUGGAGCAUGUUGGCCCCGAAUGGAACACUAAAGGGCGCACAGAAUAUCGAUAAUCUGUUGAGAUGGUACCGCGCAAUCAACGUCAUGCCGGAAGUGAAAGCAGCCUUGGAGCAGCUACCGCUGACCGAGCUGAGCUUUGCCUCAUUGCAACAUUCCAAUCACUUCGGAGGGUUGCAUCAUAUCGUUCUGGAUCCGGAGAUCAUCGACUUUGAAGGACAAGUUCUGGUGGACACUUCGGACAACAUUGCGGCUACAGUUCAAAAGGAAGAACUCCAAGCGGCCAAGGAUGCGUUCGUUAUCGUUGAAGAGCCGCCCGUACUGGACGAGAAGGUAGUGCUGCCAAAGGUUGGGCAGAAGAACAAUUUAAUCACUUCGGCCUUGCCGUAUGUUAAUAAUGUCCCUCACUUGGGGAACAUUAUUGGAUGCGUCCUUUCCGCCGAUGUAUUUGCCAGAUAUUCCCGUCUAUGUGGUUACAAUACGUUGUAUAUUUGCGGUACGGAUGAGUACGGUACGGCUACGGAAACGAAGGCUUUGUCUGAGAAGCUCACGCCCAAGCAGAUUUGCGACAAGUAUUUCGAAAUCCACAACUCGAUCUACCGUUGGUUCGGAAUUGGAUUCGACUAUUUCGGCAGGACAACUACAGCUGAACAGACGCAAAUUGUCCAGGAUAUGUUUAAGGAUCUCUACGCCGGAGGGUUUAUCGAAACCCGGGCUGUUGAUCAGCUCCUGUGUCAAAAGUGCGACUGUUAUUUGGCUGAUCGGUUCGUCGAAGGUACUUGUCCUCACCCAGGUUGUGGCUACGAGGACGCUCGUGGUGAUCAGUGCGAUGCUUGCGGUAAACUGAUCAACGCCAUUGAGCUGAUUCGUCCGCGUUGUAAGGUCUGCAAUAGUUCUCCGUGCAUCCGGCAGUCCAGUCAAUUCUUCCUGGAUCUACCGAAGAUUGAACCGAGGCUGCGUGAAUGGGUUGACCGAGUUGACCACGGUUGGACGCAUAAUGCCCGCGUCAUCACGCGAGCAUGGCUGAAGGAAGGUCUGAAAUCGCGCUGCAUUACACGAGACCUCAAGUGGGGCAUUCCGGUUCCCUUGGAAGGCUACGAGGACAAAGUGUUCUAUGUGUGGUUCGAUGCCCCGAUCGGAUAUAUUUCUAUGACCAGUCGCUACUGCAAGGACUGGAAGCAAUGGUGGCAACCAAGCCCGGAUACCAAGGUCGACCUGUAUCAGUUCAUGGCUAAAGACAACGUUCCAUUCCAUUCGGUCAUGUUCCCGGCUAGUUUGAUCGGCAUUGACAAAGGUUUCACCAUGGUAUCGCAUAUCAUGGCCACGGAGUAUCUCAACUACGAGGACGGCAAGUUCAGCAAGAGUCGCGGAGUUGGAGUGUUCGGUAACGACGCCCACGACACUGGACUCCCGGCGGAUGUAUGGCGUUUCUAUCUUUGCUCGUCUCGACCGGAAGGUCAAGAUUCAAGUUUCAGCUGGAAUGACUUGGCCGCUCGAAACAACAACGAAUUGCUCAAAAAUCUUGGAAAUUUUGUCAACCGCGCUCUCGUCUUCUGCGAGAAGUUCUUCGAUUCGAUCGUUCCGCCGCUGGUCCUGAACGAGGAAGAUUACAAUCUCCUUGCCUUGAUCAAUCGCGAGCUCAAGGGCUACGUCCACCAAAUGGAGAAGGCUCGAAUGCGAGAUGGUAUACGUCACUUGCUUACCAUCUCCCGCUACGGUAACCAGUUCAUGCAAGCCGAAGAGCCCUGGGUUUCGGUCAAGGGAACUGACGAUCAAAAGGCCCGCGCUGGUACCGUCAUCGGCCUGUGCUGUAACCUGUCAUGCCUGCUAGCUACUCUAAUUUUCCCAUUCAUGCCAUCAACGGCACGGAACCUCUACACCCAGCUCAACGUCACAGCUGGUCACAUCGAUGCAGUCAAACCGCAUAUGCGCAUCCUACUGCCCAGUGGUCACAAGAUCGGAAAACCGUCUGUCCUAUUCAACAAAAUCGAUCAGACGAAAAUCGACGAACUGAAGAAAAAGUACGCUGGAGCCCAGCAACAACCAGCCAAACCCCCAGCAGCAAAAGCACCCGGAAACAAGCUGUUUACUUCCCUAGUGGAAGCCCAAAAGGCGGUAGAUGAACAGGCAGCGAAGGUACGCAAGGUCAAAUCGACCGGAGCGGACAAGAGCGUCUGGCAGCCGGAGGUUAAUAUUCUGCUCGAGUUGAAGAAACAGCUCCUAUCGCUAAACCUGCCGAGAACGUCCGAGAGUACGACCACAAUCACAAGCGACCACGCCACACCGGCAGCAGUGGGCCCAGCCGAUCCGGAAGCGAUCAAAUCGUUGGAAGCGGAAAUUUCCAAACAGGCCGAGAAGGUACGUACGCUGAAGGGCAGUUCGGACAAGUCUGUUUGGCAACCGGAAGUUAAUGCGCUAUUGGCACUGAAGGAGAAACUCACUAAACUAACCGGAGUGACAGCGCCGGCUCCCAGCGGUGGCAAGAAGAAAAACAAGAAGUAAGUUGAGUGUCGAAUGCUUUGUGCUAUCCUUGUGACGAUUAUUGGCUUUUGAAUUUUAUUUGAAAUUUCUCGCCCUCUAACGAAUACCUAUUGUGUUUACUGCAUAUUGAUGAAUGACAUAAACAUUCAAAGUGUAAUGUACGGAUACGGAUGAUGAUGAAUUAAA